GCUACAGCUGCCCUCGACCAUAUAUCUUGUCGACCAUCUCACUCGCUCUUCUGAAUCCUUCUCUCAGUCAUCACUCACCACUUUUCCUUCUUGGACACUCUCUUCCUUCCCUCCUCCGUCUCCUCCUCCCCCUUCAACUCUGAUUGAGUGCCAUCCAUCAUGAGAUACUCAUUGGGACUGCUCGGCCUGGCUGCCGCUGCUGCUGCUUCUGAUGUUCAUGAGUUGACCCAGGACACCUUCAAAGACUUCAUGACAUCAAAUGACCUCGUUCUCGCAGAGUUCUUCGCCCCGUGGUGCGGGCACUGCAAGGCUCUGGCGCCUAUAUAUGAAGAGGCGGCAACGACACUCGCGGAAAAAUCGAUCAAGCUCGCCAAGGUCGACUGUACCGAGCAUGCUGACCUGUGCAAGGAGCAUGGCGUCGAGGGAUACCCGACCAUGAAGGUCUUCAGAGGCACCGAAAACGUGUCUCCUUACACCGGUGCUCGUAGUCUGCAGGGCAUUGUCUCAUUUAUGACCAAGCAGCAACUGCCUGCCGUCUCCCUUCUCACUACUCAAGCCGCUCUCGACGAGUUCAAGACGGCCGACAAGGUCGUCCUCGUCGGCUACUUUGCCGCAGAUGACAAGACUUCCAACGCCACCUUCACCGAGCUCGCUGAGGACCUGCGCGACGACUAUCUGUUCGCUGCCACCAACGAUGCCGCUCUGGCCAAGGCCGAGGGCGUCGAGCUGCCUGCCGUCAUCCUGUACAAGAGCUUUGACGAGGGCAAGAACACAUACACCGAAGCCCUGGACAAGGAUGCUCUGAUCACUUUCGCAAAGACCUCUGCCACUCCGUUGAUCGGAGAGGUCGGCCCCGAGACCUACUCGGACUACAUGGCUUCCGGACUUCCUCUCGCCUACAUCUUUUCCGAAUCGGAGGAGGAGCGCGAAUCGCUUGGAAACGACCUCAAGACGGUUGCAGAGAAGUACAAGGGCAAGAUCAACUUCGCCACCAUCGACGCUAAGGCUUAUGGCCAACACGCGUCCAACCUCAACCUCGAGCCGGGCACGUGGCCGGCUUUCGCCAUUCACGUCAUGGACCAGAACCUGAAGUUCCCGUACGCCGAAGCUGGUGAUGUCAAGAAGCUGUCUGCGAAGCUUAUCGGCAAGUUCGUCGAGGACUACGCCGCGGGCAAGUUGGAGCCCAGCAUCAAGAGCGAGCCCAUUCCCGAGAAGCAGGACGGACCGGUCACCAUCGUGGUGGCGAAGAACUACGAGGAGAUUGUCAUGGACAAGGACAAGGAUGUCCUCAUCGAGUUCUACGCUCCCUGGUGCGGACACUGCAAAAAUCUUGCACCCAAGUACGACGAGCUUGGCGGUCUCUUCAAGUCUCACGCCGACCAGGUCGUCAUCGCUAAGGUGGAUGCGACGGCGAACGAUUGUCCCCAAGACGUUCGAGGCUUCCCUACCAUCAUGCUGUUCAAGGCGGGCGAUAAGAGCGAGCCGAUGGAGUACAACGGUGAUCGCACGGUCGAGGGCAUGGCCGAGUUCAUUCGCGACAACGGCUCGCACAAGGUUGAUGUAUCGGAGGCCAUUGCCGCCGCCGCCGCCGCUGCCGCUGAGACCGAGUCUGUGGAGACGGAAGGCAUGCCACAACAAGCCGCCGCUGCCACUGAGGAGGCAGCGGAUACGGUCAAGGAGAAGGUGGUGGAGAAGGUCAAGGAGGCCGGUGAGGCCGUCAAGCAGGUGGUCCUCGACGACGACGAGGUUGCCGACCACGAUGAGCUCUAGAUGAUGAUUCUAUGAUGCAUAUGUUUGUUGUAAAGUAACUUUUGCAGGUGUGGAAAGAUGAAGAAAGAGACUGAAGUGGCUUUGUUGUAGUUGGUACCAACGAGCUCUGUCGUUCUUUUUUCUUCUUUCCAUUUUGGCCGCGAACAAGAUUGUCAUGUCUGGUGAUGUACUCUAGAAGUUUGGUUUUUCUGGAUGGCGUCUUGCUCACUACCUACUCCACCUAAGGUACAUAUAGGUACAUGUAUUGGUCA